GUCUGCUGAGAAAUCAAUUUAUCAAACUGCUGAAAAGUUCUGCCGCAGCAGUAGUGCAAUCAGACUCGACCUCUUCACACUUGUCAUGCAUGCAAACAGCGAAAUAGCAAACUGGCGACAUGCGCCCACACAGUGCUCAAAGAUAUCGUAACCAGUCCUCACCUCCGCUAGUUCUUGCAUUGCUGCAUUCGCCGCGGUACCACCUCGAGUGGGCCCUACUCUACACGCAAAGGUAUGCCAAAAUCCCAGAGGAAAGAGGAGACGCUAGAGGGUCCCCCAGAGGGAGAACCCAACCAGCAACCCAACCCUACACGAAGGAGGAGGAGGAGAAGAUAGCCGCCAUCCUGCAGGAGAGGAAGGAGAAGAAGGAGGCCAAGAAGAAGGCCUUGAAAGAGGAACAGGCGGCCAAACUAAAGAAGAUGGAAGAAGAGAUGGCCAGGGAGAAAGAGAGGUUGAAAAAGGAAGAAGAAGAGAAGCUGAAGGAGGUGGAUGAAGAAGAGGAAGGACCGCCACUGCAAAAAAGUGGGCAGCACAGCGGCAGCAGCAGUGAUGAGAUGGAGAAGAAGAUUUCGGAGUGGGUCGCCAACUUAUCCUUGGGUGAGGAGGAAGAGGUUGCUAUGUACAUCCCCAAGGAUAAGCAAGAAGCCGUCAUGAAGAAAUGGGAAGCAGAAGAAAAUGUUCUGACGCGGCGGGCGAUGGAGGAUGAACAGAGGAUGGCGUGGAAGCUCGCAGUGAUGAGGGAGAAGAAGAGAAGAGUGGAGGCGGCGAAUGCAGCAAUGCAAGAACUAGCGGAGGUGAGGACUGCCUUAACAACACAAUUGACUCCGCAAGUAGAUCUCCAACACAAAGUGGAGAUCAUCGCCCAGAGCGUUGACCGGUUAGCUAAAGUGCAAGAAAAGCACUAUGAGUUUAGUCGCAGCCAGGAGAUCUCCGUGCGUUCGAUGGGAAUGGGAUUGCGGGAUUUUGCUCGCGAACUAGUAGGCGAUAUGGGAUCCGAGGUGAGUCAUCGCCUCGAGAAGACUGAGCGUUUUUGUGUCGGUGUCAUCGAAGGCGUCAAGGUGGCCGCUCCCAAGGAGGAGGAGGCCUGUCCUCGCAGAGAGUCAGUCAAAGUCAAAUUCCAUGAUUCCUACAGUGGGAAAAGGGAAGAGAACUUUGACGAUUGGGAGGCCAAUGUUAAGACCUAUGUGCAUUUGCAACAGGUCUCCCCGGAUCAGCAGGUCUUAAUUGUGAUCCAUGCACUUAGAGACGAGGCCGCCAGUUUCGCGAGAUCCCUUGUUCGUGCUGCCAACUGUAGUGACGAUCCAGUUGCGUACUCCCGUUUACGUCCCUCAUUGAAUUCUUGAAGCUGCUGCGCGAGCGAUUCGCUGAUGUUGCCCGUAGUGUCAAAGCCUCAGAUAGGCUUCAUACAAUAUACUCGAGCCAAUGGAAGA